AUGAAUGAUCUUUUGAAACCUAAUUGUAUGUACAGGCUACUCUUUUACUACUCUGUAGUAGUUUACUACUUCGAAGCGUAUGGGUGCGAAUCGGGUGGAGUUAGCUUUGGCGACGUCAAACUUACUGAUCUUGACUACGCAGAUGAUGUGGCCAUUCUAGCUGAGCUCAUGGAUAUCAUUCAUCUAGCCCUUGAAGCAAUGAAUGAAGAGACCACGCCCCUUGGCCUCUCUAUCAACUGGGAUAAGACCAAAAUACAGUCCCUCAGCGACUACAUACCUGCUCCCACACCGCCCAACAUGGACAACUAUCAGGUUGUUGAGAAGUUCUGUUUUCUCGGAAAUAUUGUCUCCUCAGAUUGCCGAAGCAAAGCAGACAUCCAGCGUCGCCUUGGCCUCGCCACAUCUGCUCUAGCCCGCCUAAAUACCAUCUGGAAGGAACGCUGUCUCUCAAGAAAAACAAAGCUCAGCCUGUACAACAGCCUGGUGCUGUCCAUCCUGUUGUAUGGCUCAGAGACAUGGACCCUCUCCGCUGAGCUAGAACGAAAGCUGGAUGCAUUCGACACAAAGGCCCUCCGCCAUAUCGAGGGUAUAUACUGGCAGGAUUUUAUGAAUAACAAAGACCUCCGUCUUUUCACCAAUCAACCCCCGGUCUCCCAUCUCAUUCGCGCCUCACGUCUUCGGCUGUUUGGGCAUAUUGCUCGAGCCGACCCACCAAUGGAGCCUGUUCUUCUGCUAAAGGGGCCUGCCCCCAACUUGCCCUGUCCAAGGGGUCGCCCCCGUUUGCGUUGGACGGACAACUUGGAAGAAGACCUCAUGGCACUGGGGCUGAAUCUGUCAUCCGGUUGGAGACUUGCCCAGAACCGGCUGGACUGGAAACUGCGCUGUGGAGACGCUAUGUCUUCCCGAGCUUGCGAAAUUGAUGAUGAUGAUGAUGAUGAUGGUACCUAA